UUAAUUAAAUACUUGACGUUACAGUUCAGAGGUCAGACUUAGAUACUACCAAUCUUCAACCGACCGGUUAAUCACAAGAGCUAGCUACUUGGGAGUUGUUACGCAGCGUCGCAGCGAUCACCACCUCUACCAAAAUUUUCCCAUACCGACAUGUCGAGAUCCUUAGCUCUCGUUUACUUAUCCAUACUUUUCCUUCAGUCCUAUCUCGAGGUUACAGUUUCGUCGGUCACUGGAGAAGUCGAGGCAAUGCUCGACCGGAACGGCGUAAUCGGGGAAGAAGGAGAGGAGAUGAUGCCGUCGGAGGUAAGCCGCAGAGUCAUGAUGAUGAGGAAACAGUACAUAAGCUACGGAACGCUAAGGAGAGACAUGGUUCCUUGUGAGAAACCUGGUGCUUCCUACUACGCUUGUCGCUCAGGACAAGCCAAUUCUUACAGCCGAGGAUGCAACGUCAUCACAAGGUGUGAUAGAGACACUAGCGACAUCAAGACCUGAAACAUUUUUUUUGUAAUGCGGUUCUUGAUUAUGAGUUUGAAAUGCUCUCUCUAAGGGCAUGAGCAAGGCAAGUUCAAUACUAUAGUAUCUCUUUUGCUAUGUUUUUGUAUACAGUAGAAGGCUUAUAUAGUUUUAUGUAAUCAAUGGUGAAAUAACUGACUGGAAGUGUUGAGUGGAUUAAUAGAUGGAAGAUUGAC